GCAAAAAAAAUGUCGGCUCUUGGCGUUGACAUGUCGCUAAAACUAUAAAUUCUACUACAUUUGUACAUUAGUAUUAAUAUACUAAUAUUUAUUAUUUAGUAAAUAUUGAUUAUUGUGGAAGCUGAACUACUGACUACCGAACUGUUUCAAAGCCGAGUAAGCUGCCCGCGUCCAAUCCUGAAUUAAAAACUAUUUUAUAAUUGUUUGGAACUAUGGCGCUUCCUUCAACAUACAAACAAAUAGCUAUAAAUCAACAGUCUCCAGCUCGUGCUCCAGUCACAUUCAACAUAUUAAAAGCGACUAAAACGGGAUCCUAUCAAAAUGAACGUUUAAGACCUGGUGGAAGUUCUAGCCAAUUAUCUGGAUCUAAAGAUCAAAAUCAAAGUCCAUUCAUUCCAAAUAGCCAUGGAAAUCCAGCAUUUCAUCCUCAAAAAAUAUCAAAAGCGGCUGCUGAUGCUCGUGGUAUUAAACCUCCCAAACCACCUGAAAAACCUCUUAUGCCAUACAUGCGAUACAGUCGGAAAGUUUGGGAUCAAGUAAAGGCAAGUAAUCCUGAUUUGAAGUUAUGGGAAAUUGGUAAAAUUAUUGGACAAAUGUGGAGGGAUCUUCCAGAUGAUAACAAACAAGAAUACAUCGAUGAUUAUGAAUCAGAAAAGUUGACUUAUGAAAAAGCUAUGAAGUUAUAUCAUACAUCACCGGCUUACUUAGCUUAUUUACAAGCAAAGAAUAAAGGUAAAUUGAAUCAAGUAGAAGAUAGAGAACCACAUGAAAGAUCAACAGGCGGUGGUAAACAAGCUGCUGCUGAUAGGAGAAUUGAAAUACAACCAGCUGAAGAUGAAGAAGAUCAAGAUGAUGGAUUCAGUGUGAAGCACAUAGCUUAUGCUAGAUAUAUAAGAAAUCAUAGAUUAAUUAAUGAAAUAUUUUCUGAUAGUGUUGUCCCUGAUGUACGAUCAGUGGUCACUACUGCACGUAUGCAAGUUUUAAAGAGACAAGUUCAAAGCUUAACCAUGCAUCAGAAAAAAUUAGAGGCAGAAUUACAACAAAUUGAAGAAAAAUUUGAUACUAAAAAAAGAAAAUUUAUUGAAUGUAGUGACACAUUCCAACAAGAAUUAAAAAAACACUGUGUUCAAGCUGUAUCAGAAGAAGCAUUUCAAAAAAUGGUAGAACGCCAGGUGGAAAUGUUGCAAAAAGAACGAACUAAAACUGUGUGCCCACCAGGACCUCCUGAAGAAUUUUCUAAAGUACAUUGUGAACAACAAUUAGAACAAAAUGGAGCUAUACCAUCAAUUGAAGAAGACACUUCAUGUGUAGUUCCUUCUAGUACCACUGAUGAUAGUUCAAAUAUGGAAGUUGAGUCUGGUAUAACUUCAGACAGUUCAUCAAAAUCUGAACAGCUUGUAAUAACAGAAACUAGAGAAAAUGGAGAAAUUGCUACUUCUCCGCCACAAUCCUCGAAUCAACCUCAACCCCAAUUAUUAAAAGAGCCACAGCUACCACAAAUUCAAUCACAACAACCUACUCAAUUCCAAGCCCAAUCACAGUUUCAACAACAAUUAUCUCAAACACAACCUCUGCAACCUCAACCUUCUCAACAAUCACUACAACCUCCUCAACAACAAAUUUUACAGCCACAGCCUUCAUUACAACAAUUGCCUCAAGCACAACCUUUAUUACAACAAUUACCACAAGGACAACCUUCAUUGCACCAAUUGCCACAGUCUCAACCUGAAAUACAACAGCUAUUGCAGCCACAUAAUUCUUUUCAGCAAAUACCACAGCAACCAGCACCUACAGCAUCACAACAACCACCAGAACAAGUCUCUUCACAGCCGCAACCUCAACAACAACACUCUCCUCAACCACAAUUGCAGCCACUGAAUCAUCUUCAACAACCCUUACAGUCAAAUGUAGUGCAGCAACAGUCUUUACAACCAUCUACACAACAGCAACAGCCUUUACAACCAUCUACUCCACAGCAGCAGCCUUUACAGCCAUCUACUCCACAACAGCAACCUUUACAGCCAUCUACUCCACAGCAGCAGUCUUUACAGCCAUCUACUCCACAGCAGCAGUCUUUACAGCCAUCUACUCCACAGCAGCAGCAGCCUUUACAGCCACAUCCUCCUCAACAACAACCUUUACAGCUGCAUCCUUCUCAACAACAACCUUUGCAGCCACAUACUCAACAGCAACAGCUUUUACCGCCGCAUGCUCCACAACAACCUUUACAGCCCCAUGCCCCACAACAGCCUUUACAGCCUCAUGCCCCACAACAGCCUUUACAGCCAAACCCUCCUCAACAACAGCCUUUACAGCCAAACCCUCCUCAACAACAACCUUUGCAGCCACAUGUUCCACAGCAACAACUUUUACAACCACAUACCCCACAACAACAGCCUUUACCACCACACGUUCCACAACAACAGUCUUUACAGCCACAUGCUUCUCAACAACUUUCUUCUCUACCACAUACUCCCCAACAACAUUCAUUACAGACUCAACUUCAACAGCAGCCACAAAUUCCACAACAGUCUCCUGUACAUCAAUCAUCAAUUCAAACACCUCCACAACAACAAUCUCCACAGCCUCAAUUACAAACUCCACAGACACAACAAUUACCUUCCCCACAGAUACAACAAUUGCAGUCACCACUUCCACAACAAUUACAAACUCCUCAAACACAACUGCAGCCACAACCACUUCCAGCACAGCCUCAAUUGCAACCUCCGCAAUCGCAAUUACAACCACCACAGUCGCAAUUACAACCACCGCAAUCGCAAUUACAACCACCGCAAUCGCAAUUACAACCACCGCAAUCGCAAUUACAACCACCACAGUCGCAAUUACAACCACCACAGUCUCAAAAUCAACAGCCACAAUCUCAAUCUCAAAGUCAACCACAACCCCCUUCAGUCAUGGUACCGCCACCAUCUUCUAUUCCACCAGCAAUGGGAUCAGAUUCACCUUCAAAUGUUGUGUCAUCAACUACAGAAUCACCACCAAAAUUACCAGAACCUAAAGCUUAUUCUGCUCCUUCAACUCAGCCAUACCCAACAUUAUCACAGUCUUCUUAUGCUCAAGUACCUCCAUUUCAACUAUCACAGAACUCUCAAGUUAGUGUUCCGGGUGUAUAUCCACCAAAUCAAGCUCCCGCAAAUGCUGCUCCACAACAACCCCAUUCAGGUGUGAUGCAGCCUCCACAAAUUCCCCCCUCUCAAGGAGCUCCAUCAUCAACCCCGUCAACUGGGUUUCCUCCAUAUCCACAACAGCAACCUUACUCAUCACAAGCGAUGCCACCCAGGCCUUACACAUACCCCCCACAACCAUAUCCUCAGUAUACACCACAUCCAUAUUAUCAUCAGGCUCCUUAUCAACAGUAUCCGCCACCACCUCCACGUGUUGCAUAUCCUCAACAAAUAGGCACUGUUAAUCAAGAUACAAAUCAACCACCACUUGAAAAUAUGUAUAACACACCUUCAAUUUCUGGACCAUCUGAAAAACCAAAUGAUGACAAUAAGCAAUUAAUUGAUGAAGUGAAAUCAACUGAACUAAAUACAGUUCAUGAGAAACCAGCUGAACAAGAGGAAUCAGUUCCUCCUCAAUCAUCUACAGUAAAACUCGACGAAGUUUCACAAUAAUAGAUUUAUAAAUGUUAAAAAAAUGUAAUUGUUUUCAUUAUCAAUAUUUACUUUUGUACUAAGUCAAAUGACUGAUAUUGUUUAUACUAUAAUUGAAAGUAUUUUCAUUUUAUAAUUAUUAUUAAGUCCAUUUAUUUAAAAAUUGUUUAGAAUUCAAUUAGAAUAUAUGGGUCAUGGUGUAUUAUGUAAAUAAAAAAAUUGUUUUCAUUCUCUCUAAACUCAUUAGUUGUCUGAUAAGUUCAUAUUACAAUUUUUAAUGCUUAAUUUUUCAAAUAAUUUGUUUAAAAAAAUUGUGUAUACCAAUGUUUUUAAUUAAAAUCAAAGUAAAAUUAUGUUAGGUUUUUAAUCAAAAUAAACAAUUUGUGUUUA